UGAGAGUAGUGCUAGUAUCGCACUCUAGCCAAUGAGAUGUUAGUCACAAAACGUAUCUUCCGGGUGUCUCAUGUGGUUCAAGCAUGGCUCCGGGUGGGAAGAUAAACAGACCCAAAACUGAGUUGGGAAGGAAGUUGUUCAAGAGACGCAGGGUUCUGGGUAGACAGAAAAAACAGAAGCAUAUGAUCACUGGAGCCGUAGUGGAUAAAGAGAUCAUUACAAGGCAUCAUCUCAAAAAGAGAAGCUCUAGUGCUAGAGCCAAUAUUACUCUGUCUGGCAAGAAGAAACACAAGCUUCUGAAGCAGCUAGCGCAUAUGGACAAGGAAAAAUCCGGCAUGGAUGUGACGUUUGUACAGCAGAAGGCCCCAGCACCACCCGCUGCCUCCGUCUCUACUAAGCCCAAGAAAGCAAAGCAGAAAAAGGAUAAUGGAGCGGUGGAUGUAGAGCUGAUGGACAUGGAAUGAUCUGAUUGGAGUUCACUGUUUGGAAUGUAACUUUUUAAAUGUUGGAGAACAUCUUCGCAGUUUAAUGGAUGGACUACAAACUGCAAUGUGGAUGUGUUUUUGUGUGACAAAGUAGUUCUGUUCACUGAGAUUAAUACAAUUUCUGAUCCAGAAUUUCUUUGUUUACAGAAUAUCUUUAUCAAGUUUUGUAAAGGUUCCAAAUACUCACCCUGGAUUGUUAUGGAGCCAUUUAUGUUAAAACGGUCAAUUAUGGUGUUAUGUAAAAGCAACAUAUGGUAAACUUUUUGUGAUUUUGUUAAUUAAAAUGUUAGUAAAAUA